AAAAAAAAAAAAGUAUUAUGAAAACCAGAAAAACCCUCUCUGUACAGCAUUACACAAGCACAACACAAGACUGCAGUAUACGGACGUCUACGCUGCUAUCUAUCCCCUCUCUUUUUCUUUUGCCUUUCUCGCUUUAGCAUCAAGCCUGCCUGCCGGCCACAACGUUGUUCGGGGGUUUUUUUUUUUUUUUCUUUUUUCGUUUCUCUUUGGGAAAUUGUCCGAAAUCUAUUUUUUAUUCUUAUUUUGUUUCCUGAAUUAAAUCCCUGAUUCUUCGAUUUCAGUUUCCAUUAGGGUAACGAAUUCUCUCUUUCUUUUUCUUUUGUUUGGAAGGCUUAGCGUGGUAUAUUGUUGCAUAUCCUAGAAUUAUAUGGCGGCCACCACCACAACUAAUAUACUCACAGGCGGGGAAGACCGGGUCCUGGCGACGGCUCAGCAGAUCGUCAACAGCCUCAACACUCCUAAAGAAGUUCGUGAAGACAUGCUUUUAAUCUUCUCGAGCUUUGAUAAUCGGCUGUCGAACAUCGGGGAUUUGGUCAGAAACGAGUCCAGUGGUCCCCACCGGUUUGAAUCGGCGGAGAAGUUUAUUCUCCGUUGGGACUGUAACUCCAACUGGGAGGAUUCUCCGGACGAUGCAGCCGAAUAUCUCGAAGCCGUUGAUGAGAUUUUGCAAAUGAUGGAUGAGUUAUCUGUUCGAAACGGUAACGGCAUGAUAGACCGGGCGGAGAGCGUGAUCCAGAUUGCUAUGUCGCAUUUGGAGGACGAGUUUCGUCAUAUGUUGAUCCGGAACACGAUUCCUCUUGAUGCAGAUCGUUUGUACGGAUCGAUUAAGAGGGUUUUGCUGUCUUUUGCUGCGAAUGAUGGGGAAAUCGAUGAGGAGUUUGGGAAUUUCGGAGAAGUUGGUGAUGGGAGUCUGAGGUUUCACGAGAGAGGGGCGAGUUUAGGCGAUGACGUGUGCGUGGAUUUGAUUAAUGCUGAUGCACUUGUGGAAUUGAGAGAGAUUGCUGAUAGAAUGUUCAGGUCGGGUUAUGAGAAAGAGUGUGUUCAGGCUUACAGUAAUGUUAGGCGUGACGCAUUGGAUGAGUGUUUGGUUAUUCUUGGUGUUGAGAAAUUAAGUAUUGAAGAAGUGCAGAAGAUUGAGUGGAGUUCUUUGGAUGAGAAGAUGAAGAAGUGGAUACAAGCUAUUAAAAUCUUGGUUAGGGUUCUUCUGAGCGGUGAAAAGAGGCUUUGUGAUAAUAUUUUUAACCAGUACGAAUCCACAAAAGAGGUUUGUUUUAAUGAAACUGUCAAAGGGUGUGCGAUGCAGUUGUUGAAUUUCGCUGAGGCUGUGGCCAUAGGAAAAAGGUCAUCUGAGAAGUUGUUUAGGAUUUUGGAUAUGUAUGAUGCUUUGGCUAGUGUUUUGCCAGACUUGCAGGUGAUGGUUACUGAUGAAUUCGUUUGUAGUGAGGUUAUUGGGGUUUUAAAUGGAUUGGGGGAGGCUGCCAAAGGGACCUUGGCAGAGUUUGAGAAUGCCGUGCAAAGUGAAACUUCCAAGAAGCCUAUGCAGGGUGGAGAGAUUCAUCCGCUUACACGUUAUGUAAUGAAUUAUGUGAAACUGCUUGUGGAUUAUAGUGAGACUCUCAAUCAUCUGUUGGAAAAUGAUGAAAAUGGAGCUGAUGGUGAUAAUAAGGAGAAUAUGUCCCUGACUGCACGCCGAUUGUUAUUAUUGUUGAUGUCUUUGGAAUUAAAUAUUGAGGAGAAAUCUAAACUAUAUGAUGAUAGUGCCAUGCAGUAUAUAUUUUUGAUGAAUAAUAUUCUGUACAUAGUGCAGAGAGUGAAGGAUUCUGAGCUCAGGAAGCAUUUGGGGGAUAAUUGGGUUCGCAAAAGGCGUGGUCAGGUGCGCCAGUAUGCUACAAGUUAUCUAAGGGCUUCUUGGAGCAGGGCCUUGUCUUGUUUGAAGGAUGAAGGAAUUGGUGGGGGCUCCAGUAAUGCCUCUAAGGUGGCCUUGAAGGAGAGAUUUAAAAGCUUCAAUUUGUGUUUUGAAGAAAUAUAUAGGGUUCAGACAGCUUGGAAGGUCCCAGAUCCACAACUUCGUGAAGAACUUAGGCUUUCAAUAUCAGAGAAAGUGAUUCCGGCUUACCGCUCAUUUAUGGGAAGGUUUAAGGGUCAGCUAGAGAGUGGAAGGCAUGCUGGGAAAUACAUAAAGUACACACCAGAGGAUUUAGAGACUUAUUUAUUGGAUUUAUUUGAAGGAUCACCAGGUGUUCUUCAUCAUCUGAGAAGAAAGAGUACAUAAGAUUCAGGGCUCUUGUAACAGGAUGUGAGUGUGUGUUUUUGUGCACCUGUGUGCCUAGGAGAGGGGAUGUUGGAAGAUGUAUAAGCAUGUCAGACUGCAAAAUGGAACACCCUACAACUUGCAAUAAUGUGCUGUGAUGGAAUUUUGUCUCUUCACUCAUUGAAUAGAGUAUUCUCUGUAUGUUAUUCUAUUGUGAGAAAUUGUUCUUUCUCCCAAAAUUUCUUCUUGUACGAAAACUUCCCGGAAAGCUUGUAGAUAAUCUAUUCCUUAAAAUCAAAUGGGCAUUUGUGGUA